GGGAUUUAUUUACAUAAAUAAUUACUAAUAAGGCAAUCAAGUGAUCUUUGAAUAUGACAUUUAUCUAGUAUCUAUAACCUUAAACUUUAAAAUGGAGUUGAAGAAGUUGGAUUCAAAUGUGAUAAAUCAAACUCGGAGUUCUUUUUUAAUAAAUAAUUAUUGUCAAGGAGUUGUUGAAUUAGUAUUGAACAGUUUGGAUGCAAAAUCAACGUCUAUAGCUGUAAGAUUAAAUCUAAUUACGUUAAGGAUUCAAGUCGUCGACAACGGAGAGGGGAUUACAAGGGAAAAUCUUGAACUAGUAGGUCUCAGAUAUUAUACUAACAAAUGCAAAAGUUUACAGGACUUGCAACAGUGCAUCAGUUAUUAUGGAUUUCGAGGAGAAGCCCUUGCGAAUUUGAUCGAACUCUCAAAAGCCGUUCAUAUAACUUCAAGACAUAAAAAUUCCUCAAACACUUAUACAAAAAUUAUGACUAAAAAUGAAUGUACUGCAAUAAAAAGUGUUAUUAAGGAGAGACCUAGUAUCGGAACUACAGUCACAGUAGACGGAUUAUUCCAAAAUUAUCCCGUAAGGAAAAAUCGAAUCAUUAAUGAAUUGGAACUGGAAGAAAUUGUUAAACAAAUUAAAGGUCUCGUUAUAAUGCACCACGACAUCAAUUUUUCCGUUAGAAACGACGUAAAUGGUGAAUUGAUACUAACUAGUAGUAAAACUGACAACAUUGUAUCGGCUUUUAAACACCUACAUCCUGAUAUUAAAGAGAUUGGCACUGUAAUGAAAAUAACCAAAGGAAAAAUAAAAAUAAAAUCGAUGUUAUUCAAAAGUUUUUCCCAAAAUAAAAGAGUGCAAUAUAUCUUCGUCAAUAAGAGACCAGUAAUUUCUUCGAAAAUAAAUAAAUGUGUACAUAAACUGUUUCAACAACAUAGUAAACUUAAAAAGAGUGAACAGUCUUUUCCCGUUUAUGUAUUGAACAUCAAAUGUCCGUACACCGAAGUUAAUAUUUCGUGUAAUGCCACCAAAACGAUAGUGGAAUUCAAAAAUUGCGAAAAAUUGGAAUAUUACAUUAAAAAAUUGAUUAAUUCAUUUUUUGGUAACAGCAAGAGUCCGUUAAAACAAAUUCAACAACAUACCGUCGAAGAAAAACGAAAAUCCGAAUGCGGCAUAUCGCAAAUACAGGGAUUAGUAAGAGCAUUUGGUUAUAAAAGAAAACAUAUCGAAUCAGAUGACGUACAACCGCAGAAAAUACCUAAAAAUAUCGAAACUAACCAAGAAGAAGAAUACGAUAUAAUUGAAUCAACCCCGUUCGUUAAAAAAAAUAAUUUCAAUUUUAAACAACCCCUUCCGAUAACUAUAGCACCUAAAGAAAUUAAAUCUAAUCGAAGCGAUAAAUCCAUUUCCAUAUUCACCAACGACGAAAACAAAGGAAAACAUUUGAUAAUGAACAUGUUUUUAAAAUCAACUCAAGUGUAUAAAAGCGAAGAAGAUAUAAGAGAUUUAAGUCAGGACAGUCAGGAAACUAUAUACGAAGAAGAAUCGAAUAUUUUAAUGAAAAAUAACGUCGAAACUAUGUUUGACGGUGAAAAAAAAGCCAUGUCGAUGUCCGUUAACGUUAAAAGUACCACGAAAAUAAGACAAUCUAAAAAAAACGUACUUUCUAAAUGUCUACAAACGAGUUUUAACAAGAACGUGACUUCUAAAGCUCUACAAACUACUCUUAACGAAGAACAUCAUUAUAAUUGUCGUUUAAAUGAUAAUUAUACUUUAGUUCUAUCAAACGAAGCGUCACCACAAUUCAAAUUUUUAUCCAAAGAACCACAAUUAAUGGAUAAUUUCAAAUUCGACUUGAUGGAAAUGUGCAGGUGUACUUGUCGCGAAAAAAUGUUCGAUUUCAGUAAAUUACAUACCGAAAAGUUAUUUGCCCAACCUAAAAAUGGUGAAACUAGUUGUUUUUGGAGUAUAAAAAAGAGACCUAAAUUUAUUUCUUAUCAUAAAUGGUCGAAAACAAGUCCUUAUUUCAAUCUGAAUCACGAUCAACCAAAAUCGAAUUAUGAUGGUCCUUUUUUUGACGAUUUAUAUCGCCAGCAAAUCAAAAAACAACCUCAAAUAAUUGGAGAAGUGAAUACUACAAUUGAAUCUUAUAAAUGUUUCAAACCCCACUAUAAGAGUACUCAAAAUAAUUCGCAUCAACUUUGUACAUUAGAAAAUAAUUUACAUCACCCACGUAUACAAGAAAAUAUUUUACAUCAUAAACAUACACAAGAAAAUAUUUCGUAUCACCCCCGUAUACACGAAGAUAAAUUUCAUCACCCCCGUAUAAAAAAAAAUAAAUUGCAUCACUUCCGUUUUAAAGAAAAUAAUUUUCAUCGAUCCCGUACACUAGAAAAUAACUCGCAUCAGCCCCGUACAGAAGGAAAGAAGUUGCAUCAACCCCGUAGACAAGAAAAUAAUUUGAAUCACCCACAUAAACGAGAAAUUGAUAUUUUUCACCGUUGUGCACAAGAAAAUCAAUUUAAACACCAUCGAAUACAAGAAAAUAAUUUGCGUCACCCCCGUCUACAAGAAAAUAAUUUGAAUUACCCACGUAUACAAGAAAUAAAUAUUCAUCACUCUCGCACACAAGAAAAUCAAUUUCAUCACCCUCGUACACAAGAAAAUAAUUUGCUUAACCCCCGUAUACAAAAAAAUAAUUUGUAUCAACUCCGUACACAAGAAAAUAAUUUCCAUCCACCCCGUACACUAAAUAAUAAUUUGUAUCAUACACGUAUACAAAAGAAUCAUUUGUGUCAACCCUGUAUGCACGAAAAUAAUUUGCGAAACCCCCGUAGACACGACAAUAAAUAUCAUCAAUCACAGAUACAAAAAAAUAAUUUGUAUCACCCCCGUAUACAAGAAAAUGAUUUGCAUCAACCAUGUCUACAACAAAAUAAUUUGCAUCACCCCGGUAUGCAAGAAGAUAAUUUGCACGAGUCACUUACUCAAGAUAACAAUUUGCAUCAACACUGUACGCAAGACAAUAAUUUGAUUAAACCCCGUACAAAAGACAAUAAUUUGCAUCAGCCACUUAAGCAAGAAAAUGAUUUGCGUCAGCAAUUUACAAAAGAAGAUAAUUUGUAUGACUCCUGUAAACAAAAAGAUAAUUUGCUCCACCCACGUACUCAAGCUAAUAAUUUACAUCACCACAAUACACAAGAAAAUAAUUUACAAUACCCUCGUACGCAAGAAAAUAAUUUUACAGUUUCCAAAUCGAAAAAUUUAACUGAAUCAUUAGGACUCACCAAUUUAACCCCAUGCGGUUCACCCUCGAAAAAUAUAAAUAUUGUUGAAGAUGCAGAAUGUAAGGAAAACGAAAACGCAAUUGAAGAAGAUAUGGAGAAAAAUAAUUCGGAAUUAGUUAUAACUUUAACGGACAAAGAGAAAUUGUGUAUGUUAGAAAAAGAUUUGGCAGAGGAAAAAAGUAUUUUGAUGAAAGAAUUUUUAGAGUGGAAUAGUCAGUUUACACAAAACGAAUCUCUCGAAAAUGAUGAAGGAGAUUGGAUAAAACGAACAUGUUUUGGUAGGAGGUGUUACCUAAAUAAACAAACAGGUUUUAUAACAUAUUCUAAUCCAAAAAUAAAUGAACAAUUAUUUGUAUUAAGUGAACGAUACGAAUUUUUACCAAAAGGUAUGUCUCCAAUUUUGAAAGAAAUAAAACCGGUAGACAAAUCUUUAAGUCAAAAUGGAAAAGAAACUUUAUCGGACUAUAUUAUGGAAGUAUACAAAAAUGAGCUUUUAUAUACCAAAUGGCAACAUUAUCUAAAAGAUAUGGAUUCUAAUACAUUCUUCGAAAAUUUAUACAAGUUGAAAUUGUAUGAAAACUGUAUCCCGAACAUCGUUGAUACGAAAAAAUGUGACGAAAACGGAAUAAAUUUUACAAGGGAUCUAUUCACAGAUAUACAAAUUAUAGGACAAUUGGACAAAAAAUUUAUUAUUGCGAAUAAUGAAAAUAUGAUAAUUGUAUUUGAUCAGCAUGCCGUUCACGAACGAAUACGCCUGGAACGUUUAUCAAAAAUUUAUAAAAAUGCCAAAGCCCUUUGUGAAGAACCGGUGCUUUUAUUUUUACCCCAGAACGAUAUUUCUUUGUUAAAACGGUGUGAAACAUAUUUAAAUUAUGUCGGUAUAUCUUUGGAUUGUUUAUCAAAUUGUGUUCGUGUGAUCGAAAUACCUCUUUGCGUUUACAUCAAAUAUCAACAGGAAUCCGUAGAAUCACUCAAUAAUUUUAUCAAGAUCAUGAUAAACGAAGUACUUGAACUUUUGAAAUCAACUAGAGUUGCUACUUUGAAAAUUUUACCUAGGGUAGUACAAAAUAUUGUGAAUUUGGAAGCUUGUAGAGGAGCUAUCAAGUUUGGAGAUUAUUUAAACAAACAAAAAUGUACAGACCUAUUACAGAAGCUAUCAUUAACCGAACUACCAUUCCAGUGUGCACACGGAAGGCCUACUGUAACACCCCUAAUAAGACUUGAAUCAAAUUCCAAAAGAAAUAAGAUCAAACCCAUAAAUUUCCGGAGCUUACAAAAUUUGUUGAAAAAUAAUAGUUAAUUAACUAUAUUCCAAUAAUUUUUAAUUAAAGGUGAUUUGUCUCAAUGAAAAAUCUUCAAUUGAAUAAUCAAUUUAUCAUAGUUCCAUAAGUAUACCCUGAUUAUUAAAGGGGAUUUUUCAAGCAAUUAGUCGCCCUCAAUUGAAAGUUGUUGGUAUAUAGUUAAUAAUAAAC